CAAUAAUACAAUGAAAUAAACUAAAAUUAAAUAAAAUGUAAUAGAUGUUAAAAUACCUUGAAAUAAUAUGAAAAACACAAAACACUACAAAUGGGUUUAUUUGGUAAACAGCGAAAAAUCGACGAAUGCACGAGUAAUUCCAGCUUAUACAAUCUACGAUAUGUUGCAAUAGAAAAGCCAAAAUGGAGGAACUUAUUUCGAAAAAGAAGUGCAGUACAAAUACCAACCUACCACGCCACCAACAUACAACCUAUGAAGGGCUGUCCCUGUGGCAGUGACGCGCCCUGCAAGAAGAAGGUGACCACACCAGGAGGAGUCACCAUACAUUAUCCACAGAAAAAGAAGAAACUAGGAAAACUCAGCGCUUCAAAGUCGCAGCCACAGAGACCAAAGGGAGUCGUGAAACUUGUCCCCACCAAGCCAAAAAUCCAGAUUGUAAAAGCAAGAAAGUUGCCAGCGUGGCUUGACAAGCUAUAAAUAAUAAAUACUCUACUAACCCAAAA